CAUCUUCACUAAAGAAUAUGGUUUCCAAAGAAUCUAAUCAUUUGAGUUUUACAGGAAAUACAUCAACAUAUGUAUCGUCAGACACUGGAGCCAGGUCUGAAUCAGGAUUUUCACCAGGAACUGAAACUAGCUGGAAACCAGGAUUUGAAAGACAACAAGGAGACGUAAUAUCUGCUGAUCCUGGGGCCUUAGAUAGUGGAGGUGGUGAGGUAACCCAAGCAAAUCAAAUAAAAGUGAAUUUUCAAGAGAGUGCUUGGACUAAUGGUAAUACGGCAGAAGAGGGCCAUAAUCCUGGUAGCACAAAAUCAGAGCACGGUUUAGAUUCUUCUCUUGAAACUCCCAACACAACUAAAAGUAACAGAAACAGUAGCUAUAGUUGGAAUGACUUUAAUUUCACAAGGCAUUCACAUGAAAACCCAGGAGAUUUAUUCACCUCAACUGUAAGCGACACAUUUGUACACACUGAGUUGUCUCAAGACAUCCACGAAGAGACAGUUUCUCAGUUACCAGCUGCUGAAUUUACUGCUAAACAGGAACAUCUACCAAACCCAGUGAUGCAGACUAGUCAAGCUUCAUUUGCCAGCCAGACGCUUUCUACAACACAAAUACCAGGUAGUCAACCACAAACAGGUUCUGAGAGACCACACACUUUCUUAAUACCCACAAGUGCUCAAUCUCAAGUGCCUAGUCAAACAUUAGGAACAAGGCAGGGUGAAGCAACCACAAUAACAGGUAAUAUUGACAAUGCUACUCAAACUUUAGUAAGUGAGCAAGAGCCCAGUCGAACAACUUUGUUUGACCACGCACCUGUAGGUAACCAGGUGACAACUGACAAACACACAGAAGUUGUUAAACCAACAGAGGAUGUUGAGUUCCCACAAUGCCUGGUGCUAGAUACUGCUCUUCCUUUUUGCUCCCCCGUGGUUGGGGAAAAGGUCGCCAUACCCAAUUUCUUCAACCAUAGCGGUGUGGAGGAAAUCCGUGAAGUACUGAAUGAGUGGGCGUGGCUGUUAAGGUCACACUGCCACCACAGUUUGGAGUGGUUUUUCUGCCUUCUCUUGUUACCAAAGUGCGGCUCUCCAGUCCCGCAACCAAUGUUACCCUGCCGGAGCUUCUGCGAAGUCUUGCGGGACAGUUGCUGGACUCUACUGGAUGAGGGACACCUCCCUGUGGAGUGCCACACUCUGCCAGAUGAGGAGGAGGAUGGGUAUCAGUGCUUGUCAGUUAGUAACCAGAAAGAAGAAAGUGGAGUUUCCCUCCUGCAACUGAUUGGAGAUCCUCCUCCAAGUGAAAUCACCCAAGUCUAUGGACCAGACAACACCCCGGCUUACAUCUUUGGCCCGGACGCCAACACAGGCCAGCUGGCACAUGCCCACCUGCCGAGCCCAUUCUACCGAAACUUUGCCCUCAUUUUCAACCUGAAACCAACCUCUGCCAAGGGCGGCGUCAUCUUCUCUGUCACAGAUGCCUUACAGCGGAUCAUGUACGUGGGCGUCAAACUGUCGUCCGUGCAGGGCAGCAACCAGAAUGUCAUCUUGUACUAUACAGAGCCUGACUCCCAGCAGUCCUACGAGGCAGCCAGGUUUCUUGUGCCAUCGAUGAGAGACACCUGGACCCGUUUUUCCAUCGCGGUGAUGGACGACAGGGUGAUGUUCUACCUCAACUGUGACACAGACCCUCAGGAGAUGCGCAUCGAAAGGUCGCCAGAUGACAUGGAGUUUCAGAGAGGUGCUGGGGUCUUUGUCGGCCAAGCUGGAGGGGCUGAUCCUGAAAAGUUCCUGGGUGUGAUUGGUGACCUGAGGGUGGUGGGAGACCCCCGCGCUGCUGAGAGGCACUGUGAGGAGGAUGAAGAUGACUCAGACAUGGCUUCAGGGGAAGGAAGUGGCUACGAGGGAACUCAACCCUCCAAACCAGACGUGGUGAAAGGCAACAGAUGGACGACCAAACCUCCAUCGCUGCCCAUCCCACAGCCUCCAGUGUCUAGGAUGGAUGAGGUCAACAUCGCCAGAGAGACAGCCAGUGACUCCCAGCACAUUUCAUUUUCUGUGGAGUCCAGACCCGGUCUUCUUGGGUCAGCAGGGCCGUCUGGGGGUAAAGGAGAGAAGGGCGACAGAGGGGACAGAGGAGAGAAAGGAGACAGGGGUCCUUUUGGGCCGAAGGGAGAUGCAGGAUCCAGCUCCAGCUCACGGGGUGGAGCCCGUGGAGAGAAGGGAGAACCAGGAGAAAAAGGAUCAAAAGGCAGUGCAGGAUUUGGCUAUCAAGGAAAGAAGGGUGAGCCCGGCCCCGCCGGCCCCCCCGGACCCGCCGGGCCUCCAGGUCCAGCCACUGAGUACUCAGUUGGCCGUGACGGCUCAGUUGUUUCGUCAGCCUCUGGACCCCAAGGUCCCCCUGGACCAUCGGGAGCCCCGGGCCCCCAGGGACCACCAGGAGCUGAUGGAGAGCCGGGUGAUCCUGGUGAAGAUGGAAAAACUGGUCCUGAAGGACCUCGAGGUUUCCCUGGAACCCCCGGGGACCCCGGACCGAAAGGAGAUAAGGGAGACCGUGGAGAUGGUCAGCCUGGACCCAGGGGACCCCCAGGACCUCCAGGACCCCCAGGACCAGGCUUUAGAUCUACCUUUGUGGACAUGGAGGGUUCAGGAUUCCCUGGUCUGGACUCUGUUCAGGGACUGCCUGGUCCACCAGGUCCACCUGGGCCUCCUGGACUUCCUGGUCUUCCAGGUUCCUCUGCAGGUACAGCGGUGAGUUCUGGGGCAUUUGGACCACCAGGAAAGGACGGAGCCCCUGGUCAACCUGGUUCACCGGGUCCACCUGGUACAGAUGGUCUCCCAGGAGCUCCUGGUCCCAGGGGAGAAAAGGGGGAUUCUGGUGGCCUGGGUCUUCCAGGAGCAGUUGGGGAGAAGGGAGCUCAAGGAGAACUUGGUUUACCAGGACCUGCUGGAGAGCCUGGACUGGCUGGUCUGCCUGGACCCAUGGGACCAGUUGGACCCCCCGGGCCACCUGGUCCUCCAGGACCAAGCUUCAAUGUCGGAUUUGACGACAUGGAGGGCUCUGGUAGAGGUGUCACCAGUGGACUUCCUGGUGUCAGAGGACCACAAGGAAUACAGGGCCCUCCUGGUUUACCUGGACUUCCAGGUAAACCCGGCUUGUCUGGGUCACCAGGUCUGAAGGGCAGUGCAGGUAUUCCAGGAAGAGAUGGGCUGCCAGGACUGGACGGUUUCCCUGGACCUCCGGGACAAAAGGGCGACAGCGGUGACAAAGGAGAGACGGGUGAACCGGGUCGAGAUGGAGCCGGACUCCCGGGUCCACCAGGUCCACCCGGACCUCCAGGACAGAUCAUCUACCAGACAUCUGACAAUUUAGACGGUGUUGCUGGAAGAGUUGGGCCUCAGGGUGGGCCUGGUUUGCCUGGUCAAGCUGGAUUUCCUGGUCCUAUUGGACCUAAAGGUGACAGAGGAGAGCCCGGUCUUCCAGGCUACGGAGUGAAGGGUGAGAAAGGGGAACCAGGCUUAAUAAUUGGACCUGAUGGAAAUCUUCAACAUCUGGAAGGACUGUCUGGGCCCAAAGGAGACAUAGGACUUCCAGGACCUGUUGGACCUCCUGGCCCGUACGGUCCUCCUGGAUUAAAGGGGGAAAUCGGAAUGCCAGGAAGACCAGGUCGCCCUGGGGUUAAUGGAUACAAGGGAGAGAAAGGAGAACCAGCCACUGGCUCAGGCUAUGGCUACCCGGGAGUCCCUGGUCAACCAGGACCACCCGGACCACCUGGACCCCCUGGACCAGCCAUUCCUAUAGACCGCUUCAGCCGCUAUGAUGAAACUUCAAGGAAUUACCCCGCGACUAAAGGAGAAAAGGGAGAACGUGGUGACCGUGGACUUCCUGGGAUCCCAGGAACUGCCUCUGAUUUUGAUAUUUACACAUUCAAGAAUGGGCUGAAGGGAGAGCAGGGACAUCCAGGUGUGAAGGGAGAAAAAGGAGACCCUGGUGGUGGAUAUUAUGACCCACGUGUUGGUGGUGUGCAGGGCCCACCGGGGCCUCCAGGCAGUCCGGGCCUACCGGGUCCAAAGGGAGACUCUAUAAGGGGGCCCCCUGGACCUCAGGGACCACCAGGGUCACCAGGGUUUGGUUACGAUGGACGUCCAGGACCUCCAGGCCCUCCAGGACCCCCAGGGUCCCCCUCACUACCUGGAGCAUACAGGCCCAAUAACCCCAUCAGUCUCCCAGGACCUCCUGGCCCCCCCGGCCCACCGGGAAACCCUGGUCACUCCUCUGGGGUGACAGUGUUGCGGUCGUAUGACAUGAUGAUUGCUACAGCCAGACGCCAGGCGGAGGGCAGUCUCAUCUACGUCAUAGACAGAGCAGACCUUUAUUUAAGAGUGCGAAAUGGACUGCGUCAAGUCAUGCUUGGAGCGUACAGUCCCUUCUUUGGAGACCUGGAGAAUGAGGUGGCAGAAGUCCAGCCGCCGCCUGUGAUUCUGUACCCCCAGUCCCAGGACCAGUCCCACAACAACGGAGCGGGCCGCUAUUCCCAGGGAGGUCCUGUUGUUCGACCCAUCGAGCCUCCGCCACCACGCCCCGUAGACCCCAGAUACCCUCCGCACUACGACCCUAGAUUCCCGGACCAGAGACACACAGGUCAGACCGAUGGAAGAUUAGCCACCAAGCAGACUGAGGGCAGGUACCCUGUCACUCCACAGCGACUACCCAGCCCACCUGUGGUAGUACCGGCCAGCCGAGUCGAAACGUCAGGAUCAGGACUACACCUCGUUGCCUUGAACGCCCCACAAACUGGUAACAUGAGAGGAAUCCGUGGGGCCGACUUCCUGUGCUUCCAGCAGGCUCGUGCUGUGGGUCUGAAGGGAACGUUCAGAGCCUUCCUGUCCUCCAAGCUUCAAGACCUUUACACCAUUGUCCGCAGGUCGGACAGGGACAGCUUGCCUAUACUUAACCUCAAGGACCAAAUGUUGUUUAGCAACUGGGAAUCUGUCUUUGGAGACAGCGCCAGCAAAAUGAGGGAGAACGUACCAAUCUAUUCCUUUGAUGGGAGAGACAUCCUCAGGGACAGUGCAUGGCCUGAGAAAAUGGUCUGGCACGGAUCAAGCAAGAAAGGCCACAGGCAAACAGACCACUACUGUGAAACAUGGCGGGCGGGCGACCGUGCUGUGACUGGUCUGGCCUCAUCGCUACAGAGCGGCCACAUCCUGCAGCAAACCUCCAGCAGCUGCUCCGGCUCCUACAUCGUCCUCUGCAUUGAGAACGCCUUAACGUCACCCUCCAAAAAAUAAAUCCCGUCCAUCCUGCUUUUUUGUUUUUUUUUGUUUUCCUCCUUCCAGGCCCAAGUUAAUUUUUUUUUUUUUCCAAGCACACAAGUUUUGUUCUCUUAAUUUCGCAGAUAACACAGCUUGUGACCAUGUGGCUUCCAAUGAACUGGCCCUGUGGCAUUUUGACUGGCAGGGACACUUUGCAUUGUCAACUCCUCCCCUCGAAAAACGCCAAAGAGGUGGGUCAGACAGAGGGGGUGUUGGUCCUUUUCUCGGGGGCAUUGGCACAUAUUUCCUUCAAGGGGUGGAACAACAGCAGAGAAGCUAACAACGCUCUCAAAUUGUAUCCCAUUUUUAAGAAAAAAAAAAAAAAGAAAAAAAAUCUGUAUAUUACAUGUUUGUUGUCUGUGUUCUUAUUUUGACGUUAUCAAUGUUUUACCAUUUGAACUGUUUUUAAAAAAAAAUGCUAUAUCCAUCCUGGGUUUUUAAAAUUGUUUUGUCUUUUUUUUUAUUUUAGGCAUUGAUCAUUUCCAAUUUCAGUUUUGUGGGCGAUGAUGGGUUACAACAAGGACUUUUUUAAAAAUUUAAUAUGAUAAUAGAUAUUUAUUUUUAAAUGAAGUUAUGUAAGGACAAAAAAAUUAAAAAGUGCUAAACACACUCAUUUAUAUUCCACGAAACCCAGAACAUUUAAUUCCUUACUCAAAAUAGCCUCUGAUCAGAAAUUGUGCCUUAUUACCCAUUUAAUUUUUAUUCAUUGUUCUGCAGAUAUGCAUGUGUUACAGUAGGUUUCCCCACGUGCAUUAAAAUACUUGUGCUUCACACUAAAUUUAAAUGAUCCGUUUGGACGCUGCUGCAAUAAAUCCUAAAUACAGAGGGCAAAAUUGUUGAUUCUAAAAUGAUUAUUUCCCACUUUUCCACCCUAUUAAAUGUAAGUAGGCUGGAAGUGAUGAAUCUUCCAUCAUGGCUGUUAGGGACAAAAGGUAUAAGGAGGAAGGUUUGACAGUGGCCUUGCAUUCAGUUCAAUUUCAGAAACUAACUUGACUUUAGUGCAACUGAUGUUUUGACUGAUCCUGUGGACACAUUUUUUUUUUUUUUUAUAACAAAUCGCGCUGUACUUUUCUUCCCAGGCACUGAAUUAAAGUCUUUUUCAACCAGUAA